AUAUCAGAAGGCCUCAAAAUCCGAAACGCUCAAUUAUAAAGCCCCCCGACCCAGUAGCAAGGAUCUGGUGCCAAUUUCUCCUCAGAGUACGGCUUAUUUCUGCUAGCCUGGCUAUUACUACAACGUUGAUGCAGACACCGGACGAAAUAUGAGCGCUAUGGAUCUGGAAACUACUCGAAUGCGAUCCGUCUCUUUGAUCGAGGGACUACGCGCGGAUCUGAGCGGAGCAAAACCACUGCGUCGUGAUGAUAUCCUCCAUAUUCUCGAAAACCUAAAGAUCAUUGGUCGAAACCCGGAAAACAUCAGCAUAUUCGACACCGAAGUACUCAAUAACUUGGCGAAAUAUGCAGACUACAAGCAGGAUCUGCAAAUACGCCUCGAAGCCCUUCGCAUAAUCGCAAAUGCUUUGCUGGUCUCGCGAUCGCUUCGACAGUCUUGGGAUGGCGUGUCGGUGUUUGUUGAUCAGUACAAGAAUCCUACUGUUGACGAAGAAUUUGUUACUGGCCGGAUUUUCUUUCUUUCAACUAUCGAAGAACCGCGACUUUACAGUCAAAAGACACAUCAGACUCUCAAUGAGUAUAUCACCAACUCUCUACAUCGUCACUCUGGUAAAUUGAUGAACUCCAAAGAACAAGCUGCAGUAGUAGAGACAUGCAAGCUGUUAUUCAAUAUCCUAUGCAAGUACUCAGAAACGGCCAGCCAAUACGAACACUUAGUCAAGUACCUCGUUCAAGCACUACGACAUCUUCCUCGUGAAUUGGUCCCGACGACUUCUUCAGUGGUCACAUGCCUGUUGAAACUUCCGGCUACUGAGGAGACAUAUUUUCCAAAGGAGGAACCGCUGUCUGUCAUUGCUUUACUAUUCGAAAUGGUCGAGUCGCGGAUGCGCUUAAACGGCCUAGACGACCCCAAACUUGACGAUAGCAUUGCACCUGCUCUUUUGGUAUUGCGUUCGGCUAUUAAGUCGACAAACUCGACCGCCGUCAAAGAUUAUGUUCAGUCCAAAAUUCUGCCUUCAGAGUCGGAGCGCGAUAAACCACUAGGGACCUCGUCAUCUUUCCAGUCACUCCUUCUACAGACUGCUUCGCGGCCCAACCUCGAGAAGAGUCGGGAAACCAUAUACCAAAUGAUGUUCGAGGCAUGCGACGAGGAUGCAAGGAAGUUCAUUAGUAAAAUCGGCUACGGAUUUGCCGCCGGAUUCCUCAUCAACCACAAGAUCGCGAUCCCGCAAGACUCGCUGCGCGAAGCAGAAGAGUAUCUGGACUCUCAGCGUAGUGUGGGGAUAAACCCGGUCACGGGCCAGAGGUUGGAUGCCGAGCUUGCCGACAGACCGUCGCUGGCGGAGAUGACUGAUGAGGAGAAGGAGCGGGAAGCGGAGAGGUUGUUUGUUCUUUUUGAGAGACUGCGAGAGAAUGGUGUCAUCAGUGCCCAAAAUCCGGUUCGGACGGCACUUGAGUCAGGCAGGCUCGAGGAGCUACCAGACUGACCACAGCAGAGCAGAAGACAGAUAACCAGAUUGUCCGAGAAUACGAAAUAAGUCUCUAAUAAUAUACAAAUCUUUUACUUAUUCACUCAGUUCAGAUAAUCCUCUUCGCCCGCUGAAAGUAGUCCGGCGAUGGAAUAAUAAAUAUAAAAUUCAGGGGUUAACUCUUAAACCUCCCAAAGA